UAACGGCCACAGGAUGACAGGUUGAGAGAGCAGCUCAGAUAUUUAACUCUUAAGCCACUGAUUUGUUUCAUUUAGUGUACAGUGAAAGUCAAAUUAGCAAAACAACCUCUGGCACAAGAGGACUUGGCUGCAUGUGAAUGUCUGCCGGUCUCCCAGCGCACUCCACGCCUGCGCUGGUGAUGCCAUGCCGCGAAGUCACACGGGCGACGAGAGCGGCGGCAACGGGCUCUGGCUGAAGACCUCAACCGGACGCCGGGCGCAGGACUACGCACUGAAAGAUGUGGAGUCUGGGCAGAGGACGAUGAAUAACACGGUGCGAGUCGGCGACGGUCUCCUGUCCCCCGCCACAGCAGGUGCGGCGGGAGCGGAGAGGAAGCAGGGCGCCCGGCUCAGCCUGCUGGGGAAGCCGCUGACCUACAGCGCCCAGAGCGGCCGCAGGAACGCGCGGUACCGGCGGCUCCAGAAUUACCUCUACAACGUGUUGGAGAGACCGAGGGAAUGGGCGUUCGUCUACCACGCUUUUGUGUUCAUCCUGGUGUUUGGAUGUCUGGUUCUCUCUGUGUUUUCCACCAUCCCUGCUCACCAGGAAUUCUCCUCACAUUGUCUGCUCAUUCUGGAGUUUGUGAUGAUUGUAGUGUUUGGUCUGGAGUACAUCAUCAGGAUAUGGAGUGCUGGCUGCUGCUGCCGCUACCGAGGCUGGCAGGGACGCCUCCGGUUCGCCAGGAAACCGUUCUGUGUCAUAGACAUCAUCGUACUCAUCGCCUCCGUUGCUGUGGUUUCAGCCGGUAGCCAGGGUAACAUCUUUGCCACCUCUGCGCUGCGUAGCCUUCGUUUCCUUCAGAUCCUGCGCAUGGUGCGCAUGGACCGCAGGGGAGGGACCUGGAAGCUGCUGGGAUCUGUAGUUUAUGCACAUAGUAAGGAGCUGGUGACUGCCUGGUAUAUUGGGUUUCUGGUGCUAAUCUUCUCCUCCUUCCUGGUCUAUCUGGUGGAGAAAGAAUUCAACAAGGAGUUUGCCACUUACGCUGAUGCACUGUGGUGGGGCACGAUCACCCUCACAACCAUUGGCUAUGGUGACAAGACCCCGCAGACGUGGACAGGACGGCUGUUAUCAGCUGGUUUUGCUCUGCUGGGGAUCUCCUUCUUCGCUCUGCCAGCUGGCAUCCUUGGGUCAGGUUUUGCCCUGAAGGUGCAGGAGCAGCAUCGGCAGAAGCACUUUGAAAAGAGGAGGAACCCAGCUGCCAGCCUCAUCCAGUGUGUCUGGCGUAGUUAUGCUGCUGAUGAGAACUCGGUUUCCAUUGCUACCUGGAAGCCUCAUUUGAAGGCGUUGCAUACCUGCAGCCCCGCCAAGAAAGAGCAGGGCGAGACCACUUACAGUCAGAAGUUGAGUUUUAAGGAGCGGGUCCGGAUGGCGAGUCCUCGUGGUCAGAGCAUGAAGAGCAGACAGACGUCCAUCAACGACCGCCAGCGCUGUUCCCCUGGCAACGAGGUGGUGGGUGGCACAGAGCUGAUGGGUGGGAGCCCGGCUAAAGUGCAGAAGAGCUGGAGCUUCAACGAUCGGACCCGUUUUAGGCCGUCGCUCAGGUUGAAGAGCCAGACUCGUACUGUGGUCCCAGAUGUGGACACAGGCAUGACCACAGAGGAUUCCUUAGAUGAGAGGGGCUGCCAUUGUGAUGUUACAGUGGAGGAUCUAUCAGCUCCCCUCAAGGCCGUCAUCAGAGCUGUCAGGAUCAUGAAGUUCCAUGUAGCAAAGAAGAAGUUUAAGGAGACUUUGCGUCCCUAUGACGUGAAGGAUGUCAUAGAGCAGUACUCUGCUGGACACCUGGACAUGCUCUGUCGGAUCAAGAGCCUUCAGACCAGGGUGGAUCAGAUUCUGGGAAAAGGCCAGAUACCCGUGGAUAAGAAGAUGAGGGACAAACUGCACCCAGAUGGAGACUCUCUGGAGGGCAUGAGCAUGCUGGGACGUGUGUGUAAGGUGGAGAGACAGGUAACUUCCAUCGAGUCAAAGUUGGACUCCUUGCUUGACGUUUAUCGCCAAGUUCUACAGAAAGGCCCCUCAGCGCUCACCCUGUCCUCCUUGCCUCUGUUUGAGCUGGACAGCCACCAGCACCACAACUCGGACUACCAGACCUCCAUCAUUGGCAGGGAUCUCCCCUCUCCCCAGGGAGGUGAUCCGAUUCGAGGUGGAGGAGAUAACAAUGGGGGCAUACGCCGUUCCCAUAGUGCCAAUCCGAGAGGCCUGCGGCUUAUCCUUGCACCCGCCGAUGAUGAUGGCCCUCCUGACUCAGCACCUCCAUCUUACCCCCCGUCCACAGCCUCACUCUCCCCAUCACCGCUGCUGCCACCCGAUAGCCCCUACCCAACCUUGGUAACCCCCAAUGGUACCUCCAAAAGAGCACAUUUCCCUGAUCUGCCACCCCCACCUCCCUCAACUGGGGGUUUCACCCUCCAGCUGCCCCCCAUGGUGCACCCCUCCCACCUCCGAUGCCCCGCUGACUCCGUCCCAGAUGAUUUGACAGAUGGAGUGACAGCAGACAAAGAGAGCCUGGGCCCCUCUGUUGUUGUGGGAUCCAGUGUGGAUGCUGACCAGGAAGGGGACAGUGAGGCAGGCUCUGUCCAGGGAAGGGUGCAGCUGCGGGAGAAGCACGGCUUGAAAUCUGAGGGGGUCUGGAGGAGGCACAUGAGCCUGGAGGUUAACCCCCUGCUGCUGCUCUCGUCUAGCCCAGACGAGAGACCUUCAGACUGGGAAGGCAGUCUCGGGAAAUCCCUCUCCGUGCACAAUCUCAGCCAGCCUUUGACCAGCCGUGCCCCUGGUUUCUCCUCCGCGCUCAACAACAGCAGCAGCAGCAACGGUAGCGAACGUGGCAAUGCCCAUGGUGACCUUAGCAACUGGGACGGAACAGAACUCUUCAUUAGUGAGUGCAAGCUAGAGCCAGCGGAAGAACAUUUCAACUUCCUGUCCCAGGCACCUGCCAGCAGCUCCUCUGACCUUUUACAGACUGCGGAGGAGGCUGCACCUCACCCCAAGGGAAACACCGAGUUUCUCAGUCAGUCCCCACACAUACAGCUGGCAUAAUCACACACACAUACACACUGACACACACUCUUGCAUACUGUAUGUACACACCAUUGUUGGGGAAGCCACUUUUAAAGUAUUUUUACAGGACACUAAACGGAUUAUGUUUCAGACUGUACAAUCAAAUGCUUUGUACAUGGACAAACACUGUUUUUAUGUUUUGUCAAACAUGAUUAUGUCCACUUUCAUACAGAUCUUAUUAUGCUAUAGACUUUUUAUCAUGUUCUACACGAUAAACACCAAAAAAAGUAUAUGGAUGUAUAAAAUAUGUAUGCAAGUGGCCAAAUUCAUCUAAGACAAAAUACACAAACAAUACACAAAUGCAAAUAACCUUCCUUUAGUCAAACUUUAUGUAAGGAUAUGGAGAAAGGGUAAUUUUAUUAACUUUAUACAAAAAAGAUCAUGUUUUUCAUAUUCAAGAAUGUUGAUUAAAAAAAAGAUCAAAAUUUAGUUUUAUUUGAAAGAAGAAUAAGGAAGGGAUGUUUGACACCUGCCUACUGGACAUCGGAGUGCAGAUGCAAAUCAAAUAAUUUGGUUCAUCACAAGAGAAACUGUAAGAGAUGUUAACUUUCUUUAAAAAGUAAGUUCCGGUCGUCCUACAUUUUCAGUCUCUGUCUGGACCUAAACCCAAACCAAAGAACUUAGUUUGGGCUCAUCAUUGAAGCAGGAGUCUAACUUUUCAUCAUAGAAAUUAAAGGAAAUGUCAUCUGACUUGUGUCAACUUUGACAAAUAAAUGAGUGAAGAAAAAGAGAAGAAAACACUGUAUAAUCCUCUCAUAGUCAAAACUGGUUGCAAGUCACAAAAGUCAGAAGUGUAUCUUGAACUUGAAUAAGCCACUGCAAAUUAUAUGUCAGCCACUUCUUUCUCGAUGUGGCAAAACCAGCACGCGCAGGUACAUGCACGCACAUAUGCAGCCACUAUUUCACAUACACACAGACACAUUCAACCACCAACCACAACCACUGAGUACUCUGAGAAGAGCCAACUUGACAAAGAGCUGAGACUGACUAGUGACUUAUUUUUUUCAUACAAGUGCUUGUAUUCAGAGACUUUCUUGUAAGAACAGGAGAGCCACCCACUCUCCUUAUUCAAUGUCUGUCUUUGGCGAUGUAAAACGUCAUCUUUUACUCAUGCUUUCAUACAUAUCACUGCAUGAACUGUUUCUGAAAACAAAUGAAUGAAAGGAGAAUAAUAUUGAUGAGGUGAGGCCUGGUGCGAUGGGAACAGUUGAAUUAUAAAGAGUUAAAGGUCAAACCCUUAGCAUGUGUUCAGACCACAAGCGUCUCAUUCUAUUCAUUUUCUGCCACCACAGAAAUGUCAGUCAGUGCUGACAUGGUUGCUGUGUGUCAUCUGUCAGCAGGUUGUCAGUAAAUUUGGAUGCAGCAAACCUAUUGGGAAAAUGGCCUAUCAGCAGUCACUCAAGACAAGUGUUGGACCAUGUCCCACUUGGUUUGGACAGUAGCCUGGUGAGUUAGUUGCUAAUGGUCUGAAUGCUGACUUGCAGUAGGCUUAUCAAGUGGGCUUUCUCAGCCAAGCAUGAGAUGCUGCAUGUCUCCGCUGCUGCAAUACUUAAAUCAAGAGCAGUCACACACUCGUUGGUGGCCUGGAUGCCCUUCUGCAUGUUAAUGGUUCCUCCAAACUUUCAACAAAAAGGUACGAACAAAGUCUGCCUAUAUGAACAUUAUUAUAUUCUAAUUUGAACUAAUUUGAUAGUAGUUAAAAACCUGUACUGCCAGUUAUAUGGAUAAUCCACUUACUAUUAUGACGCACAAGGUAAAUUUUUUUUUUUUUUUGACAAACCCUAUUUUUUUACUGGGUGCUGGCUGCACCAUGUGCAUCGAUAAUGAUUAAAGGCUGCUGAGCUGACUUUAUUCCCUCCUCCCAGUCUAGCAUAGUGUGGUGGUACAGGGCAAAAUAUGCAAUGCACAGAUUCCAUUUACAACACAGCUAGUCAGUUUCCCUUUAGUGGCCCAUGAUAACAAUACACUGUACGUGCAGUGUUGUUGAUCUAGAAGACAUGUUGUUACCUUUUUCAUGUGUCCAUCGUGCUGCUAACAUUGACAAAAAUGUGAUAUAUUCACAUAAUAAAAUAGAAGAGAGAGUGAGAUGAGAAAAAUCCUCAUUGCUAUUUUCUGUGUCUUCUAAAGUUUCAGCAUUCGGGUGAAACGCCGAAUGCUCUUAUCCAGAGCGACAUGCUCAACGAAACUUUAGCAGGAAACAAACUGGACAAACUAGAAUCUGACCUGAGAUUGAGAUUAAAAUUUGGCUAACGUAUGGCCUCUUUAAUCUCGUCCCCCCACUCCUCAAAAAUGUAUGUCUAAUUGAAGAGGAUUUUGACUGUGCAUGCACUUCCUUCUCACCACAUCAGUCAUAAUUACAAUAUUUAACCAUUUAGGGUUUUUGUAAUAAAUUUAAGAAUUACUGUGGAGAUGUUUAUAUUUAUGUGCACUUCAUCCAUAUUCAUAUUGAGAAGUUAUGUUUUCAACUGCCAGCUUUUGAAAAAUAUUGUUCUUCAAGUGUCUUAAAUGACGCUGUCCUAAUACUACAUUUAACAGGAGCAUUGUUUUCAUUUGUCCUGCUUGUAGAUGGGUUGACUGCUCUUGAACAAGAAUUAUGCACAAAACUAUGGCAGCCAUCUUAAGUUUUGUUAACCAUUUGUUUUUGCACAUUUACAUCUUAAGGGGUACACAGUCACAGCAGUCUUAAAAUGUAUUUCAAUGUGUUAAUGACAAGCUUUUCAUCAUUAUUUUUCAGUUAUAUUCCCUAUGUUUUGAAUGGUGAGUAAGUGCAUUGCUUAGCAAAUUAACAUUCUGUAGUAGGAUAUAACACGUAUUAUCUUCUAACAAUUGUAAACACUUGUAGAUUGAUUUUGAAAUACUCCACAGCCCAUGCAGGAGUUCUUCUGGUAUGAUGAAAUAUAUUAUCAACAUGAAAGCACAGUUGUUUUUGGUGAGUUUGAGGAGCCUGAAAAUGUGACAUGGUAGUUUGAGCUUAAUAUUGAAGUAGAUUUGCUGUAGUUAUUGAUUGAGUUUUGCUAUAUAUGAAAAGAGGCCAACCAAAACUGUCAGUUAAUUCGGAGCAAGAUCGAACAACAGUGGAAAAGCCCAUGGACUCAGCCAGUUGGGAGACUGGCUGGAUUAUAUCUCACAUAAAACAUGCUCAUUUUUUUUUGCAAUCUGUAAAUUGCUUAAGGGUGCCUUUCUUGCAUAUGAAAAUUCUUUAUUUUUUUCUUCACAGGGCUAUAAAGGCCUAGUUUGCCUACAGCCUAUAGCAUACUGUAUAGUUGAAGUCAAACUGCUCAUUUUGGGUUGGGCAUCCAGUUCGCUCAAGUCAUGUAGCUUAAGCCACAGAUUAUAUGGCUUUGAUGGCUAAUAAUACCAUUUCUCUACUGCUUGAACAGUAAUUUAUUACACAACCGGCCUUAAAGCUUGAUAAUGUUAACAUUAUUAUUUCUUUGAAAUUAAUUUAUUAAAG